UCAUCUAUGGUGGCAGACUGGCAGGUGAAUUUGACAAAGAUUUUGCCACGUAACGUAAACGCGCACCACAAAUGAAAUGAGUAAUGACCCAAAACGGCACACAAGAAAUGUUGGCAUAAAAUCCAUACGAAUAUAUUUUCAAAAACCAAGAAAAUGGCCAACCGAUUUGGUCUCAGAUUACAAAGCAAGAUACCCAAUUUGGGCGGCGUUUACCCUUCUUUACCUGCGACAACUGCCAUUUCAGUUAAUUUCGCUUCUGAGAAUCAUGUUCUUCGACCAUCAGGAGUAGUUGUCGGGAAAAGAAGAGUCUUUGGGUACAACACUACUCGCAGGGUGGUUUUAGGAACCGGGUUGUCGUUUUGGUCUCAGUUCAUGGCUGCAAAUCUCGGAGGGAAAUCUUUCAUGGCUUAUGCUCGACAGAAAGGCGCAAUUGAGCAGGUGCUGAAGAAUGUGGAUUGGCCUGAGCAAUUCCCUUUCAAGGAAGAGGAUUUCCAGCGAUUUGAUGAGUCAUCGGAUUCGUUAUUCUAUGAAGCGCCACGUUUUGUGACACACAUUGAUGAUCCUGCCAUUGCUGCACUUACUAGAUAUUACUCAGAGGCUUUGCCUCCUGCUAAUACCCCAGGAGUAGCAAUCCUUGAUAUGUGUAGCAGUUGGGUCAGUCACUACCCUGCAGGGUAUAAGCAAGAAAAAAUCGUUGGAAUGGGCAUGAAUGGAGACGAGCUAAAGCGAAAUCCAGUACUAACGGAAUAUGUUGUGCAAGAUUUGAAUGUCGAUCCUAAGCUCCCGUUUGAAGAUAACACUUUUGAUGCCAUUACCAAUGUGGUUAGCGUCGAUUAUCUAACAAAGCCUAUUGAUAUUUUCAAAGAGAUGUCUCGGGUUCUUAAACCUGGAGGAGUUGCGAUUAUGAGUUUCUCAAACCGAUGCUUUUGGACUAAGGCAAUAUCAAUAUGGACCUCAACCGGAGAUGCUGAUCAUGUUUUGAUAGUAGGGUCAUAUUUCCAUUAUGCUGGAGGGUUUGAACCUCCCGAGGGUGUGGAUAUAUCUCCGAACCCCGGGCGUUCAGACCCCAUGUACAUUGUGUAUUCGAGAAAGCUAGCAACAGCCUGAAAAAAAUUAACAGCG